UUGGCAGGGGACGGGGCUGAAUUUUACAUGUAUCCGUAUCCAAAACAUAUAUCGACAGAUCAAUUAUUUUUCCCAAAUUUUAUGUGUUUUUUCAUAGUUUAAUUAAAUAAAAUGUAUUUAAUCAAUUUCAAAUGCAACUAAUUCAAUCUGAAUAUUAUACCCAACUCGAAUAAAUAAAUUUGAAUCUCAGCAUAAGCAAAAAAAAAAUGUUGCGAUUUUCUCGGAAAUGUAAACUGAUUUUGUGUGCGAUAUGUGUGGCAGCUUUUCUUGUCACCUAUUUGCUUAUCAAUUUUUCGGUGCCGGCCGACAAGCAGACAUACGUCUUUAACAUUGAAACUAAAUUAAAACAACUCGAAAAUGGUUUGCAAAUGCACCAACAGGAAAUGGGACAUCUCAAAAAGAAACUCGAAAAUUUCCAAUCCAAUCAGAAUAAAAUCGACACCGAUGAUAUGGAUUCGAAGGAGAAACGUCUUUUAAAACAUCCAAAAUUUGGACCACAACAACAGCAAUUGAAUAAAAAAGAAAUGUUCAAGGAAAUGAUUAUUAGUGCCGAGGAUAACCAACAGUGCGAUAUAAAUGGCAAUCCUGAAAAUCAUGUUAAUAUUCAGAUGUUAGAUGUUUAUAAGAAUAUCUCAUUUGACAACAUUGACGGAGGUGUCUGGAAACAAGGCUGGAACAUAAAAUAUGAUCCUCUGCAGUUCAAUGAACAUCACAAGCUAAAAGUGUUUGUUGUGCCGCACUCACACAAUGAUCCAGGAUGGAUUAAGACAUUUGACGCAUACUACGAGCACGAUACUAAGCAUAUUUUAUCAAAUAUGUUGCGUCAUCUUAAAGAAAAUCCUGAUAUGAGGUUCAUUUGGGCAGAAAUGUCUUUCUUUUCUCGAUUUUACGAAGGACUUGGUCAAAAUUCCAAAAUGGAAACAAAAAAGUUGGUUCAAAAUCAUCAAUUAGAUUUUGUAACUGGUGGAUGGGUAAUGUCUGAUGAAGCCAACUCACAUUGGUUAAGUAUUUUAAUGCAACUUACUGAAGGCCAUACUUGGCUAAAGAAGAACUUGAAUGUAACUCCGACGUCAUCGUGGGCUAUUGACCCUUUCGGACAUAGUCCAACUCUGCCGUAUAUAUUGAAACACUCUGGAUUUGAAAAUUUGUUAAUUCAACGAACGCAUUAUUCGGUGAAGAAACGACUUGCUCGCACGAAGGAACUGGAAUUUAGAUGGCGACAAAUUUGGGAUGAAUCCGGUCGAACUGAGCUCUUUACUCACAUGAUGCCUUUCUACUCCUACGACAUUCCCCAUACAUGUGGUCCGGAUCCAAAAAUAUGUUGUCAGUUUGAUUUCAAACGAAUACCAGGUUUUGGAAUAGCCUGUCCCUGGCAUGUUCAACCUCAAGCUAUUGAUGAUCAAAAUGUAGCAAGAAGAGCUGAAAUGUUGGUCGAUCAAUGGCGUAAAAAAGCUGAACUCUACAAAACAAAUUCCGUGCUGAUUCCCUUAGGCGAUGAUUUCCGUUACAGCCAAAGUACAGAAUGGGAAGCUCAAAUGCGAAACUAUGAAAUGUUAUUCGAUUACAUUAAUAAUGAACGCAAAAUGUUUACCGAAGCCAAAUUUGCCACAUUACAAGAAUAUUUCGAUUCUGUUCGGAAAGAGCAUGAUUUAGCCUCUUUUCCCACUCUCAGUGGAGAUUUCUUUACAUAUGCAGAUAGAGAUGAUCACUACUGGAGUGGUUAUUAUACAUCUCGUCCAUUCCACAAGAGAAUGGACAGGGUACUUUUGCAUCAUAUUCGAUCAGCAGAAAUGCUCCACGCUUGGAGUUCCUGGGAUCCAAGUGCCAGGUUUGAUAAAAUGCUUCAAAAUGCAAGGAGAGAAUUGUCAUUGUUUCAGCAUCAUGACGGAAUAACCGGGACUGCAAAAACACACGUUGUAUUCGAUUAUGCAAAUCGAACGCUCAACUCAAUCAAAGACUGCCGGUUUGUUAUGCAGCAAGCCGUUUAUCGUUUAUUGACAAAGGAAUCUAUUUACAGUCCAGAUUAUAAAUUUACAUAUUUCUUCUUUGACGAAUCUCACUGGCCUGGACCAGACGAUGGACGAACAACAAUUAUUUUGGGAGAUGAAUUACCCACGAAAUAUGUUGUUUUCCAUAACUCCUUGUCAAAGUGGCGUGAGGAAUUGGUAGAGUUGUACGUUUCUAAACCGUACAUCAGUGUACGUGAUCUAGACGACAAAGCUAUUCCUGCACAGAUAAGUCCUGUGUGGUCUUGGCAUGGUCAUCAUGAUGGCAAUGCAGCUUUUCCACAAGCUUCUACAACAAAAUAUAGACUUUUGUUUAAGGUAAAUGUACCCCCGCUAGGACUUGUAACCUAUGUUAUUCAAUCAGAGCCUGGUGAAACUAUGCCAAAAAGCACAACUCUUGGAAAGAAUAGAAUUUUGACAAUAUCCCCCUAUACUGUCAAUCUGGGUGACUAUCCAGAUCAGGUUAAAUUUGCAGAACCACGAGAUAUCUCCUUGCGUGUUGGUGACGGGCCAACAGUGGCUUUUCAUGGAAAUGGUCUCCUCAAAUCGAUACAAAUCGAUGAUUCUUCUUCACACAUUCCAACAAACUUAAACUUUUUACGAUACGGAACACGCAUGAAUGGCCCAAUGAGUGGUGCCUAUCUGUUUCUGCCAUACGGUGAAGCUAGCCCUCUGCCAAUAGUCAAUCCUGUAGUCUUGGUACAAGAAGGACCAUUGGAAUCAAGUGUGACAACAGGUUUACCAUUUGCUGUGCAUCAAACAAUAUUGCGUGGCGGUCAUCCAGAGAUAAGGAACAUGAUAGAUAUCGGUGUAAUGGAUAAUACAGAAAUUGUGAUGAGGAUUGCAACAAGAAUUCAAAGUGGAGAAACUUUCUUUACCGAUCUUAAUGGUUUACAAAUGAUCAAACGAAAAAGAUUACAAAAGAUACCCCUGCAGGCUAAUUACUAUCCUAUACCUUCAAGCAUCUUUAUUGAAGAUGAUAACUUACGGUUAACAAUAGUAUCGGCACAGCCUUUGGGUGGAUCUUCAUUAAGAGGAGGUGAAUUGGAAAUCAUGCAAGACAGACGUUUAGCCCAAGACGAUGAACGCGGACUCGGCCAAGGAGUUCUAGACAAUCGGCCAGUUCUUCAUAUAUUCCGUUUAAUUGUGGAAAAAAUAGAAUCUUGUUCCAAACUUGCAGAGGAAUAUCCUGGAGGAUUCCUUACUAAAAAUGCAUAUAAUGAAUAUCAGACUGUAUUGCAUCCAAUUGAUAAAUUUAUUUGGGUGGAAAAUGAUUGGGUUGGUGUUCAGAGAUCAUUUGGUGAAAAUCAUGAACAAUUGGAAGAAGGGAUACAAUUAGCUGUAAUGCGAAAUAUACCCAAUAGUAGUAAUGGGGCCAGUAAAAAGAAUAACAAAUCAUCACAUGAAACGGGAUUGGUGGUGCAUAGAACUAAUCUUAUGGAAUGUAAUGCAGAUAGCCAUCGAUCUGGGGUGGCAAACAUAAAGAGACUUAUGAGCAUUGCUGAGGAAGAAAACAUAAAUAUAUACAAGACGCCAUUGACUUUUAUUGGCAAAAAGCAGCAGAUAGCGUCAGACGAAAUUAAUUUCUGCCCUAUGGAUACCAAAGCAUUUAUCAUUCAAAGAUGACAUAACUAAAAAUUACACAUGACAACAACAACAAAAGAACAAAAAAACAAAUCUCUAAGAUUUAAUCUCGAAUAAAAAGUUUUUUUUCUUUUUCUUUAAACUUUUCUUUAUUAUAUUUUGUAAUUAUUAUAAUUUUCACUUGUGAUAUUUCUAAUUUAUGAUUUUUAAUUGUAUAUCUAAAAAAAAAAUUAUUAAUUAACAACAAAUUUGAGCGUCUUCAACCAUGAUAAGGCUAUAAUCUGAACAAAAAAAAAAAUUAAAUCUAAAAAAUAAUAAACACAAACACACACAACUUAAUUAAAGCAUUCAUAUUGAAAAUUAUAUUAAAAAAUGUAAUAUGCAGUUAAAUAAGUUUAAAAUCUUAUACACAUUAGCAAAUAAAGAAAAAACCAAACCUAAUAAAAAGUUCAGCUCUCUAAACUAUAA